AUGGCAAGGACACCAGGGCGAGACAAGAAUGGGAUGAAGAAAGGAACAUGGACUCUUGAGGAAGACAAGAAGCUGAGGGCCUACGUGAGCCAAUAUGGCAACUGGAAUUGGCACAAACUCCCCAAGUAUGCAGGGUUAUCAAGAUGUGGAAAAAGUUGUAGACUCAGAUGGAUGAAUUACCUAAGGCCAGAUAUCAAGAGAGGGAAUUAUACCAAGGAAGAAGAAGGAAUCAUCACCAGACUCCAAGGAUUGCUCGGGAACAAAUGGUCAGCUAUUGCAUCUCAGUUACCAGGAAGAACAGACAAUGAAGUCAAGAAUUACUGGCACACCAACUUGAAGAAGCGCUCGAGUCAAAAUACAUCAUCAUCAGCAUCAGCAUCUCCGCAAGAAGCAACCAUCUCAGAAAAUCAUUCAUGUGAACAUGAAGUUGGACCUAAGAAUAUAUCCGAGACGACUCCAAACAAUAUCCUCGACCUUCCUAUAAAUUGCCCUGCGACUCAUCAGAUCGUAGAAGGGUUUGCGUCCCUCCAUUUGUCUUCGAGCUUGAGCAAGACUUCACUAUCCAUGUGCACGGAAGUUGCGGACUUCUCAAACACAGAGUACGAAGCAUCUCGCACCACAUAUAUUGCAGAGUCUAGCGGGAGGUUCUGGACUGAACCAUUUAUCACCGACAACAAUUUCGAAUCCUGGUUUUUGCAGGAUGAAUGGUUAUUUUCCCAUGAUUUUUUCUAUUAA